AUCACAUGACCCGCUAAGACGGCGGCGAACGUACCGCGCAAACAAGUUUAUCCGCACAAUAGUCUAGAUCGGUGUCGACACUAAAAUCCUGAAAAGUAAAACCGACGAAAAAACUAUCUGAUAGUUACAAUGGAACUGCUUAAUAAUAAUAAGAAUAUUUAAACAUUCGUUCUUAACAGAAAUUCAAGCUGUUAAUAAUUUUCUUUUUAAAGAAAUACUUUAGUGUUAGUCAUAUGCGCAUUAUUCUCACUCCCGUUGACCCGAGUGAAGAGGUGGAGGCUGUACGUACAUGACCGGGAGGUAGUUGAUUCAAGAAGGUUUACGUUAUAUUUACACACGCAUACACAUAUAUGUAUAUAUGUAUGUUUAUACAUAUAAAUAUGUACAUAUAGACUGUGAAAGAGGAUUGCGAUUCUCUUUAAGAUUUUUGAAAGUUAAAAAAAAAAAAGCGUCCCCCCCUCCCGCAAAACAACACAAACUGGAUACUUGAUCGUGAAAUCUACGUAUAAAUGGAGUGUCCGCAUCUUGAGGAAAGUGCAAAAAUCACGGCGCCCUCUGUAAAGUCAGAAAACCUUCCCCAGCAGUUUACUUGUUCAGUGUGUAAAACAGAAAAAAGUCCCUGGAUUUGUUUAUGUUGUGGAGUGGUAAAUUGCGGCAGAUAUGUUAAUGGUCAUGCAAGGAAGCACCAAGAAGAAGACAAUGCACGUGCACAUUCAGUAUGCAUGGACUGUGAUAGUUAUUCGGCCUUUUGUUACGUCUGUGAUGAAUUUGUGGUCAAUGAUACCAAAGGAGGACAUCUUGAAAAACUCCGAAAACAUCUUCAGUCACUGAACAGUCCACAGAGCCGGCUGAGAGACAAAUCUAAAAGAAUUUCUCAAACAGAUUCAGUUGAAAAUAACAAAAGGAAAAAAAUGAAAUUGGACAAAGAUGCCAAUCCAAGAUCAUCUGGGCUUCGAAAUUUGGGGAACACAUGUUUUAUGAAUGCAGUUUUACAGUCACUCAGCAAUAUAGAGGAAUUUUGUGGUUACAUUAAACGUUUACCUUCUUUGGAAGAUCAAGUAUACAAAAUGAGGAAAUGUCAUUAUGCUAAACGAACAAAAAAUGGGGAAGAUGUGCUUUUAGUGGAAGAACUGCGGAAAACAUUGAUAGCUUUAUGGCAGGGAACCAAGACAGCUAUAUCCCCAGAUUCUCUCUUCUCAGUCAUCUGGCAAGUUGUACCCAGAUUUAGAGGUUACCAACAACAAGAUGCCCACGAGUUCAUGCGCUACUUAUUAGACCGACUACAUACAGAAUUACUCACUCUUUUACCGUACCCAAAUGACAACAGUCCGUUUAUUGGUCCAAAAGGCAAAAGUACAAUUGUGACUGCCAUUUUCGGUGGUUUACUUCAGAAUGAGGUCAAUUGUUUGAUAUGUAAUAUGGAAUCUAAAAAACACGAUCCUUUUCUUGAUUUAUCAAUAGAUAUUCCAAUCCAGUAUUGUUCAAAAACAGCUCUCAAAUCCAAAGAAAGUGAAGGAAGGUGUAAAUUAACUGAUUGUUUGACCAGUUUCACAGAUAUAGAAGAAUUAGAAGAAUCAGAACUUUAUAUGUGUAGCAACUGUAAGAAAAAACAACAUUCAACUAAAAAGUUUUGGAUUAGACGUUUACCAAAUGUUUUAUGCUUGCAUUUGAAGAGAUUUCGGUGGAAUUCUGUGUUUAGAUUAAAAAUUGAGACUUUUGUUGAGUUUCCAAUACGUGGUCUUGAUAUGAACCGAUAUGUGUUAAACAACUUGCAUGAGACACGAGGUAGCUUCUCUGGCAGCAACCUUUAUGAUUUAGCUGCUGUUAUUGUCCACCAUGGUUCUGGUGCUGGUUCAGGACAUUAUACUUCAUAUGCUAUUCACAAAGGUGUUUGGUACCACUUUAAUGACAGCAAUGUCACAGUAUGCAAUGAAGAGACUGUGUCACGCUGUAAAGCCUAUAUCUUGUUCUAUGUGCGACGUGAAUUCAAGCUUCCAGAAAAUAUUGGAGUAAACAAUAAACUUGAUGAUUAGAUAAUCCAUGCAUAUAUGUAGGCAGACCGCCAUGCCUCACACAUACACGUACACACACACGUAUACACCCACAGAUAUAUGAGCCAACAAAGGAGCCUCUAUGUGGUCGCUUGACCUGCUAGAAAUAGCAGCCAAAUUUCCCUUAAAUCUCACCCUACCAUCUUAAAAAAAGAUGAUAUCUAAUUAGGCUUGUUUGCUACUCGAGUUUUGAGCCCAAGAGCAAACAGAGGGUUUCUCUCCGGGCUUGCUGGUCUUCUGCUAGUGUUGCUAUUUGUCUUGGUGACCUCAUGAUUCUGGGUAUUGACCCUUAAAUGGAAGUAUUUGUCAACAGGGAGUGAGAGAAGGAGAGAGAAAGAGAGGGAGAGUAAGAAAAUGAAAAAACAAACAAAAAAAAAACAAAAGUUGUUGCAGAACUGGUUGCAUCGUUAGUUCUUAUGAACUCCCUCAGUUCUAUUCAAGCUGUACCAGGCUGUACCAAAUUGUACCAAUUGACUAUGCACAAUAACUUUUUAGUGUGCGUGUUUGUACAGAGAUAUUAAGCGUUCCUGGAGUUAAAGAUUUGGUUUCAGUUUUGCUGGGAAGCCCAGUGAAAGUAGAAGCUUCAUAAUUUAUACUACCUCAUUGUGCUUCAGCUCAGUGGCUGGAAAACUUUUCCUAUUUUCAUUCUAUUUUAGAUUUUUUAUUUUCAUUUUUUUUUUCUUCCAUUUUCCCCUUUUUUUUUUUCGUUCAUUUUUUCCUUUUUUUUUUUACCCUCUUAUUUUCAUAACCAUCUUUCAAAACUAUUUACAAGUUUAUAAAUUUAUUUCACUCAUGAAAAUGUCUUAAGUAUAUUUUCUAAUAAGUCCUGCCUUUCUUGGUCAACAAGAUUUAUUAGAAGCCAUUUAACAGUGGAUUGAUUCAUAGAACAGCAAUGUGCUAUCAACUUUUUUUUUUUUUAAUUUCUCCUCAUUCUCAACCAGUUUAUAUUCUAAUGUUAUUUUACAGAGAAUAGUUAAUAAUAAUUUUUAAUAUUUCAUACCAAACAAUGGUUUUAGUUAAUUGUAUUCUAAACUUUAGAAUGUAUAACUGUGUUUACAAUAACAAAAAAGAAAAAAACGAAACUAUUUUUAAAAAAUUUCAUUGAUCACAAAUUGAUUUAGGAGUUGUUGAAACUUAAGGGAUAUUCGCUGUUCGAAGUAGAAAAAUACUAUAUCAUGUUUUAUGGGUUCAAAUGAGCUUCUGAUUUGGUAUCUGGGUAACUUUUAAUAUUUUAGUUCUAUUUUCAAAUAACACUCUUUUGUUAACAUAAAUUGGCUCUAUUUGAGAUUCAAAAGAGGUUUUUUUUUUCCUUAGAUAUAACUUAUCAUAAUGGUCCUCAGAAUUUAAGAAGAAAAACAUCAAUUAGGAUUAUUGUCUUCAGCAAAAUUGCAGUUAUAAUAUGUUGUAAAAAACAGAAAUUAUUUUCUACAAACUAAAAACACCAGUGAUAAUUAUUAUCCACUAAAUCAUUUCAUGUUUCAAGCUAAGACAAAUUUCUGUCGUUCCCACAUCAUUUUUCAUUUAUUAUAAAAUAUAACACUUUUUUUAUUUUAUUUUCUGUCUUUCUAUUUUCUUUUCAUUUUUUUUUUAGUUGGUUCCUUGCAGAACUUCAUUGACUCAUUGGGUUUGUUUGCCUUUGAACAACUGAAUGUUGUCAUAAUUAUGUACUGAGGUCUUAUGAAGCAUUAUUGAUAUGUUGUCAUCAACAUCAUCAUCAUCACCAUCAUCAUUAUCAUCAAUAAUCAGUGUAAAAAGUGACAAAUAAAAGGUUUGGGCGAAGGCCUUAUCAUCUGUAUAAGAGAAAUUCUUUCAUGUUAUUAGUUGAGAUACAAGAAAGAUUUUGUCAUUUACAGAAAACUGUCCAUUAGUAAAGAAUUGUUCAAUAAGUAUACAACCUUAUUUCUAUUUAAAAUCAUCACCGUGAUCAGCAUUCUUCUUCUUCUUCUCAUUAUUAUUGUUAUUAUUAUUAAUUCUUUUUUCUCAUGGAACAAUGCAUUCAAGAAAUGUCUGUAAGUGAAGUGACUCUAUUUGUUAGGUAACAACAUCAUCUUUCAUAUGUUACGUCAGUUGUGCUAUCAGUGAAGUUCUCAAAUCUUCAGUCUCAUACUGCAGCCAGAUUAAUCAAAGAUUAACUCAUGCGAAAAAUCAGCAAUAUUGCCCAACUUGCCAUUAUAUUUAGCAUUUUCUUUCUUUUUUGUUUUUUUUCUCUUUAAACUGACAAAUGUUUUCUUCUGGUUUAACACCUUUCCAUGGCCCUUGGAUAUUUUUUUUGCAGAAAACACUGUUGCAACCGUUCAGGACUGGUUUUUGGUUUGAGGACACCUCAUGGAUUGUGGUUUAUUCUUCCUUCUCUCCACCACUGUGAGGCCCUACAAAAAGGCUGUGGGUGCUGUUAAUCCUUCGAUUAUAUCAUAAAUUCUUUUAAAAUGUUGUGUAAUAAGCGUGUGCUUUAAUGGCUGACAAGAGAGGUAACUGCUUCUUUCUAUGCUUAUUAAUUACCUCCCCUUUAUUAAACACUUCAUUCCCGAGUUUUGAUUCGACAUUUUUGUUUCACAGAAUAGAUACUUAGCUAAGGAAUAUUGUCUCUUGCAUCUCCAGAAUUGUAUCGAAACAGAUUAGACAGCAUCCCUAAGAGGAAUCUACUUUUAAAAAUAAAAUAGAAGAAAAACUUUUACAGGUUUCUGUCAUUGAAUGGACACCACUUUCAGAGAUUAUAGCUGACUCUUGGGAAGCUGAAAGGCAAAAGCAGCAUUUCUUCCAACUUUACGUUCUGAGUUCAAAUGCCACCCUUUCUGGGUCGAUACAAUAAGUGCCAGUUGAUUACUGUGGUCGAUGUAGUCAACUUACCCAACCCUUCAAAAACUGUUGACCAAAAUUUGAGAUUAUUAUUAUUUUUAUUAGGAAAAUAGUUGACAUGGCUUUUGUUCCUUACUCUAUUUUGUUUUAUAAAUCUGUGAGAAAUACAAGACAGCUGUAUGGUCAAGGAAUUUACUUUGCAAGCAUGUGGUUCAGAGGUCAAUCCCACUACCUGAUUUCCUUUUGUGUCUUCAGCCAUAGCUCAGAUUGAUCUCCUCAUGAGUGAAAUUUGAUAUACAGGAACUUCGGAUUCCCAUGGUGCAUGCGUGUGUGUGUUUGUGCGUGCGUGUGUGCUUCUGUGCCUGUAUGUGAUGUGCGUAUACUGGUGAAAGAUAUACACAUUAAACAUAUUAGCAAAAAAUUGAUUAACCAGUGGAUCGGAGAAAAAGCAUCUUGUGGUAGCUGUUUCACGACUUCACCUUGUCGUUUUCACCAUUGAAAAUAGAUUGAACAACUAUUGCUUCCUUGGAGAUUUGUAACCAACAAUGCUAUUUUUUGCAAAUUGCAACAUGAAAUUAAGUUAAACUAACGUUGGUGUAAUUCAUAUUCAGAUACAUAAGGCCAUGACCCCGGUUACAAAUAUAUCUGUGCUGGUUCUGUCAUUUAUGUCAUAUUUGUACUCAUAUAUUCACGUUUGUGUGUGUGGCAUAACUGAGUUCAAUCCUAUAUAUGCUGUGGUGCCUUAGGCAAGUAUCUUUUACUGUAUCCCUGGACUAAUCAAUGCCUUGUAAGGGAAUUUGGUAAUUGGAAACUGAAAGAAGCUUGAUGCGUGUGUGUGUGUGUAUGAGGGGGCAUGGCCUUGUUGUUAGGGUACUAAUGAUUGUGAGAUCAUCUCAUUUCCAGGACCCGGUUGUGCAUUGUGUUCUUGAGCAAAACACUUCAUCUCACAUUGUUCUGUGUUCAUUUUGCUACCUGACAUGUAAAUCACUGGGGGGAGCGACCUAAUGUACAGCAUAAACAUUUGAUCAGCCAUUUGUGCCGGUUGUUCAGCAAGAAAUUGCAGAACUGUCUUUCUUUGACUGUGAGAGACUAUCAUCACCGUGUGUGUGUGAAUGUUUACGAAACAUUAUGCUCAGGUGCUGCAGGUGAUGAUGUCUAUUGGACAUUUCCUGACAGCAAACCAUCCACUGUUUUUGCACUUUCAAAUUUUAGUGGAAUAAAAA